CCUUAUUACCAGGCUUUACCCAGUAUGGCCGGCGAUAUUAGCUAGCGCUCGCUUACCAUAUUCUCUGUAAAAGGGGAAGGGAACCAAUCAAUAUUGAAACCUAAAACAUAUAAAACACUUUUAAGGUUAUAAAUUAUAAGUAAUAUAAGCUGUAAAAGAAAGAGCCCGAUAAAGCACAUUUCUGUUAUUGUUGGUAUUUGUUGACUCGCGAUGGGUGAGGACGGUGCACACUUCUUCGAAGGGACAGAGAAGCUGCUGGAGAUCUGGUUCUCCCGGCAUGACAAGACCAAAGGAUCGGGGGAUCUGCGUGACGUACCGAGGUUUGAAUGGGACAAGCUUUUGGAGAAUGUGCAUUGUUUGAUCAUUAGUGUGGCAAAGACUGACAAGCAGGAAGCUUAUAUACUCAGUGAGAGUAGCAUGUUUGUCUCUAGGAGACGUUUCAUCUUGAAGACAUGUGGUACUACCCUCUUACUGAAAGCACUGGUUCCCCUUCUAGAGCUUGCCAGGGAAUAUGCUGGGUUUGAUACAAUUGAGAAUUUCUUUUAUUCUCGGAAAAAUUUUAUGAAGCCAUCCCAACAAGAGUACCCUCACAGGAAUUUUCAGGAGGAGGUGGAAUUCUUGAAUGAGAUAUUUCCAAAUGGAGCAGCUUACUGUAUGGGACGUAUAAAUUCUGAUUGCUGGUACCUGUAUACAUUGGAUAUCUCUGAAGACCCCCGAAUCCAGCAUCCAGAUCAAACUUUGGAAAUCCUGAUGAGUGAACUUGAUCCAGCAGUUAUGAACCAGUUCUACAUGAAAGACGGUGUUACUGCAAAUGAUGUCACUCGUGUAAGUGCCCAUUAUCUCUGA